AUGUUCAUCGCCAACCUCUCUUCAGCUGAUCCGCGCAGCGGCACUCGUCAGGCGCGCCAACUGUUCGAUCAAUUGCCGCAACAACCCGAUGUCCCCCUAUGCAACGCGAUGAUCAAGUCCCACCUCUCUUCUCGUCAGUUCUCUGAAGCCAUUCAUCUCUAUAAUUGUCUUAGGAGGGAGGAAGGCUUCCUACCCGACAAUUACACUUUUACCAUUCUCACCAAGUGCUGCAUCUUGACUUCAUCGAUUGUGGAAGGGAUGGAAGUGCACGCUCACGUGUUGAGAUAUGGUUUUAACUCGAAUUUAUACGUGGCCAAUGCGUUGGUUGACAUGUAUGGGAAGAUGGGGCAAAUGGGCUUCGCUAGGAAAGUCUUUGAUGAAAUGACUGAGAGGAGUUCUGCGUCGUGGAACGCUCUCAUGUAUGGGUAUAUCAGGGGUGGAUAUAUGGGUGCUGCGGAAGGAGUUUUCAAUGCUAUGGCUUCCAUGCCCGAGAAGGAUUUGUUGUCGUGGAAGAUGAUGAUUGAUGUGUAUGUGAAGUCAGGGAAGAUGGCAUCAGCUGAGAUGUUAUUUUAUGCAGUCCCUGAGAAAGAUGUGGAGCUGUGGAAUACUUUGAUUGGAGGGUAUGUGAAGUUAGGGUAUAUGAGAUCAGCAAAGUUGUUGUUUGAUGCCAUGAUGGAGAAAAAUGUGGUGUCUUGGACCACCAUGAUGAAGGGGCAUGUGAAGCUAGGGCAAAUGAGAUCGACUAAUAUGAUUUUUGAUGCAAUGCCAGAAAGAGAUUUAGGAUCUUGGAAUACUUUGAUUGGAGGGUAUGUGAAGUUAGGUGAUAUUGCAGCAGCCAAGAUGUUGUUUGAUUCCAUGCCAGAGAAAAAUGAAGUGUCUUGGAGUAUGAUGAUCAAUGCUUAUGUGAACAUGGGAGACAUGAGAUCAGCUAACAUGUUGUUUGAUAUUAUGCCGUACAAAAAUGUGGUUGCUUGGAGCACUAUGAUCAAUGGCCAUGCAAAGUUAGGGCAGAUGAGAACAGCUAAGAUGUUGUUUGAUGCCAUGCCCGUGAAAAAUGUGAUAUCUUGGAAUACUAUGAUAAAUGGAUAUGAGAAGUUGAGGGACAUGCGAGCAGCCAAGAUGCUGUUUGACGUGAUGCCAGAGAAAGUUGAGGAACAUGAAAUGGGCGAAAAUGUUGUUUGA